GUCGAAAGCACCUCUAGCACUAUCUGGCUCCCCUUAUACAGUAUAAAUGGAAACGUGGACAAUUUCUAUAUAGGCUUAGCAAUCUUAGAGCUAAUUUCCUACUGUAUCACUGCUUUACUAAUUCUAAAGACUUGUAUAAUAGUUUUUAAAUCCAAAAAUUUCCAUGAAAAUAUGAAUAUUCUAUUCAUCGGUCUAAUUAUUCAAUGGUUCGAAGCAUUCGUCUGUAAAGUUUUGGUUAUGCCUUAUCAAGUUGGCUUUUUACAAAUUACCGAAAAUUCUAGCAAUGUUUAUAUCACUUGGUGGACAGCUGAUACUCAAAAUAUGAUUGAUGUCCCUAAUUUUUUCACCAUUUUCCCUUUAUUCCUUCCUGGUUUGCUAAUCUGGCACUACGUAUACUCAAUGUUUAUAGGAGUGACAUGUGUGUCUAUAGAACGGGUGUGUGCGACGUAUUUUAUCAGGGACUACGAGCGAACACCACGAACCUAUAUCGGAGUGGGUCUUCUUUUUUCGGUUCAUUGUAUAAGUUUUCCGUUUGCUUAUUUUAUGGUCAAUAAUCGGAUACCAUUUAUAAUUGCGGAUUCUUUAUGUAUCAUUUGUGUUGUUUUUGUAUGCGUGAUAUAUUUUACGUUAUGGUUCAUAAAUAUUCAGCUAGGCAAGAGAUUUUCAACUCCCGGUACUUAUAGACUGGCUCAACAGUUUCAGGUCAAGGAGAAUAUUCGUCAUAUUAUGGCAACCCGAAAUAUAAUCUGUUGCGCUACAUUUUUUGUCGCUAUUGCAUGUGGAUUGCUCAUUACAAUUGUGCUCGAUUUGCUCCCAAUUUGGCUCAAAAACCCGGUAGCACAUUGUAUAGAAAAUUGCAUAUUUUUAAACCCUUUGCUCAUCUGUUCUGUGGCAAUAAUCAGUGUACCCUCAUGGAAAAAGGAGUUUAUUGAAGGAAUUCCGUUUUUGAAGAAAAUUCGAAAUGAGCCGAAAAAUUCACAAAGUGUGUUGAAUCCGGAAGAUGAGACGAGAGAAUACUUCAAUCAGUUGAGAAAUGCA